CUCUAUUUCUACGCCAUCCACUCGUUGUCCUCUACUUAAGAGAUCGGCAAAUCCGUACGUGAUCAGGAUGAAGAUGCAGAGAGAAGCUUGUGCAAUCCAGAAACAAGAAGCAAGAAAUGGAACGACUUCUGAAAGACACCGCGUUUUGAAAACGAGGCGGCGCGUCCAGGAACUGCUUAACAAAGUCCUUUAUCAAGUGUAAAAAUGUCUGGGUCUGGAAACUUGUGAUGCUGUGUGGCGUCUCAUGAUGAGGCCACAAGUGCUGGCUCAGCAUGACAAGUUUCUGAGCUUCUAGGUGUUGCCAAUUCCGCAUGACAAACUGCGCUUCUGCAUCACAGAAAAAUGGAGCUCUUGGGUAACGUGCAUGACAGAUUCAAGAGUCAUGCCAGAGAAGCAUGACAAACAUGCAUUCUUCCAGACCCAGACAUUUUUACACUUGAUAUCCUUCCCACGGGCCCAAGUCGGCGAGCCACGUUGGACAAAUUUUUGGAAAUGAAGCUCGCCCGUAUCGCGGACUUGGUCCUGGUCAGCGAGGUC